AUAGUCAACAGGUAACAAGUAGAGAGAGAGAGAGAGAGAGAGAGAGACAGACAGACAGACAGACAGACAGUCGGAGGGAGAGAGAGAGAGAAACCCCAGGGGCAUAACUCAGACACUGAAACAGUCAUCACCUUCCAAGGACCAGAACAGCACAAGUUGAAAAAGAGGCUAAAAAAUAACUUUCAGGUUAUCCUGACACCAGGAAAGGACUGAAGACUCUAUUCAUACCUGUCCCCAAGGAGACGACAAGGACAGCCCAAGGACAGACGCACAGCAGCAUCAGGAGGAGGUGAGAGAGACUACAGACUAACUGACCAUGGCGUCGUUCGAACCUCAGGAUCAGUCUCCUCCUUGCUGUGGCCCCCAGUUCCCCAGCCUGGGCCAGGAACCUCCAGAACUCAGCAUGUACAGUGACUGCUACUAUCCUCCUCCAUCGCUCCCCAGCCCCCAGCGCACCACCCCCACCUCCUAUGACUACAGCACCUCCUCCCCUAAUCCUUACCUGUGGUUCAACGGAUCCGGCAUCAACGCUCCCCCAUACCUGGCCACCACUGGGCCCCCAGGAAACCCCGGGCCACCCUUCGUUCCCCAGCACUAUGGGAUGCAGAGGCCUUACCUGGGGCCUGGCGGGGCAGGUGUCCCUGGGGGGGAGCUGGGCUGGUUCUCUCUGCCCUCACAGGAAGACCUGAUGAAGCUGGUCCGCCCGCCCUACUCCUACUCCGCCCUCAUCGCCAUGGCGAUCCACGGCGCCCCGGAGCGGCGGCUGACCUUGAGUCAGAUCUACCAGUACGUGGCCGAUAACUUCCCCUUCUACAACAAGAGCAAGGCUGGCUGGCAGAACUCCAUCAGGCACAACCUGUCACUCAACGACUGCUUUAAGAAGGUCCCCAGAGAUGAGGACGACCCUGGUAAGGGUAACUACUGGACACUAGACCCAAACUGUGAGAAGAUGUUUGACAACGGAAACUUCCGUCGUAAGAGGAAGAGGAAGUCUGAUUCACUGUCUGGAGGAGAGGGGGGGUCAGGGGGGUCGGAGCCAGGUGAGCCAGGUCGGAGCCCCGAACCCCCCAGCAACCACGGGAUCGACAUGUCUCCCACGCCAGAGAGAAUCCCCACCCCUUCAACCACAGGUCCCGCCCCUUGCUUGAGCAGCUUCCUGUCUGAGAUGUCUGGAGUGGUGUCAGGGGGAGCCAAUGAGAUCGUAAGAGAUUCGCUGAACCGGGCCCUCCCCAUAACCCUUACCCUGGAUGGGACCCAGAGGCCUACACAGCCUGGGGGUUUUGGUAGUUACUCCCCCAGCUCGGGUGCUUCGGAGUGGGCUUCCCAGCUGCCGCCUCCGCCUGGCCUCUCCUCCUCGCCCACCCACUCUUCCCUGGGUUACAGCAGCCCCAUCCUCAGCCAGUUCAAUGGGCAUUUCUACCCUGGCUUGGGCUCAGCUAGCAUCCUAUACCCACGGGAAGGCACAGAGGUCUGAACAGACUGAUAGAGAGGGAGACAGGGAUGGGCAGAAGUUAGCUAGAGGUCUAAAGACACUAAAGAAAGGAGAGUGAGAAAGAGACUUCUACCUGAGACUGAACUGAACCGUCUGCUGACACACACAUACACACACACACACGGUAGUCAGUUAAAGCUGACAGGGCGGGACUCAGUUGCGUGUGACAGCAAGAUGAGCAGGGCCUGGUUCCCACGGAAACAGCCGAGUCAGCAUCGAGAAUGCUUCACGCACACACGCAUGCACACACACACGCACACAAACGCACGCACGCACACGCACACAAACACACGCACACACACCUGUUUAAUCAUCUAUAAUUGCUGACUGUCAUGACUGACAGUUUUAAUUUGUAUAUAUUUUUAUUGAAUGUGUUUAUUUGAUUGUUUAUAUAUGUUAUUUUAUUGUUUAUGUAUGUGUUUUUAUCUUUGAGUGCUUGGGUCCAACAUAUGUGUUUAACAUUGUAGAAUAUUGUUUUGCGAUGAAUGGCUCAGACCUGGGUUCAAAUACAUGUGUUUUGUUAUUUGUAAAAACCAAGUAUUUUAUUUGAGUAUUUGAAUGGUUAUUUGUAAAAACCAAAUAGUUGACCACAUUUAAUUUGAAAGUAUUUUCUAAUAUUUAUUUAAAUUUUUUUUUUUUUAUAUAUAUCUGGGAUAAAUGCAUGGGAGUGUAUUCGAGUUAGUGUAUAUGAGUAUUCCCAAAUCAAUUCCAAUAUUCAACAACUUGUUUUUUCUAAUAAAUGUGAUCUGAAUACUUGUUUAGAAAUUACUUUGAAAAGUAUUUGAAAUACCUGAAACAGUGUUUGAACCCAGGUCUGGUAUGGCUUAUACCAACAUUGGUCUGAUGGUUGUUUUUGAUAAGAAUAAUAAAAUACAGGAAAACGUU